GCCCCGCGCGCAGGACGCAGUACGAGGACCUAAACCCGGUGCACCACGAGGAGUAACCACGAGGUCCAACCACGUGCACGACCUCCCGGAGACAUGCAGCCCGCAAGAUGACCUCCGUCCCACCCUCGUAGUGACGCUCGUGUCUAGUCCGCCCCGCACACACCCCUAGUUGUGCGAGCGUGUGUGUGAGUGAGUGUGCGUGUGUGUAGUGUUGGUGCGCCCUUGUGUGUGCACCAUGGCAGGAUUAUCCGUGCAAGUGGCUGGAGCGCUUGGAUUAACCUUCGCCGUGUUCCUGAUAGCGGCCUCCAAUCAUGGGGCCGACGGACUGUUCUGGAACGCCAUGGACGUGCGGUACUGGAAAUGUAUUUACAAGCGCACCAACACAUGCCCGGACCCGGACAUCAAGUUCUACAUGUACACUCACAACAGCCCGUUCCGGAAGAGGAUAGACAUCCGGUCCACGUCCGCGCUGCGCUACGGGGGCUGGGACCCCCACAAGAAGAACGUCAUCAUCGUGCACGGCUUCAACUCGACGGAGAGGAAAGCCCCCAUGACCAUCAUUCGGGACGCGUUCCUCUCCCGGAGCGACUACAACGUGUUCACGGUGGACUGGGAGCCGCUGACCAUCUUCCCGUGCUACUUGUCGGCGCUGAGCAACACGCGCCUGGUGGCGCAGUGCUCGGCGCAGCUCUACUCGCACCUCACGGCGCACGGCGCGCGCGCCGAGGACACGCUGUGCGUGGGCCACUCGCUGGGCGCGCACAUCUGCGGCAUGAUGAGCAACCACAUGGACCGCAAGAUGCACAAGAUCAUCGGCCUGGACCCGGCGCGGCCGCUGCUGGACAAGUACGGGCAGCCGUCGCUGAAGCUGACGCGGGACGACGCGCACAUCGUGCACGUGGUGCACACCAACGCCGGCAUGCUGGGCGAGGAGGCGCAGGUCGGCCACGCCGACUUCUGCAUCAACGGCGGCCGCGUGCAGCCGUCCUGCAAGGGCCACCGCCUGCGCAAGUCCCGGUGCAGCCACUUCUUGUCGGCGUGCUACCUGGCCACCGCCGUGUCGCACCCGGGCCGCUGGUUCGCCACGCCCUGCUCCUCCAAGUGCAGGCCCCUGGCCGGCUCGCUCAUCGCCAACCCCGGCCUCAGGAUGCCCUUCGGGGAGCACACUCCGGACAGUGCCAGCGGGACGUACUGCAUGGCCAUGCGGCUGAACAGGGACUGCCCCUUCGACUGAGCGGGCACACCGGAAACAGUGCCCUGGCCGACGAGAGGAGGGAAGACUCUAGGAAACCAAAAAAACGCUCAUUAAUUUAUAAUUUAUGUCCGUGGCCCACUGGAGGGACCGCGGACGUUAUCGUUAUUUAUUGUGUUGUGUGUUUGUCAAUUGUGACCUCUCGCCAUACUACGUGACAUGUCAAAAAGUUUACGCGACUUCGGUUUUGGGAAGAUGCAUUUGGUUUUGUGAUUCGGGUGAGGAACACUCUGCGACUGUGUGUUGAAUAGUCUUUACACAAAUGACGGGUACUUUUAGACUACGUUAGUCAGGUCGGUGGUUUCUCGUAGUUCCGCGUGGUGCGAUGCCAAGUUGUUGUUGUUGUUGUUGCUGUUUUCGUUAUUGUUUGUUUUAAAGUUGGACUAGCUUGCCAUAAGAUAAUUUUGUUGAAUUUUUGUUGUCAUCAUUGAUGUUAUUCUGAUUGUUAUCGUUGUUUUUUCUAGACAUUUCACAGUGUAUUUAUUUCAGAAAGAUAGACUGCACUUUUUAAGAGAGCUGAACUUGACCAAGGCAGGGAGGGGUGCCGAAAUGACAGAGGGGUGACUUGUUGCGGAUGGAUCUUUGAGUACCUGAUGCAAAGGCCGACCAAUCUCUUUGUGGUUGGUGCCAAGUGAAAGGGAGUAACUUUACCGUUCGUCCUUAAUGUUGGUAUGAGUGUUUAGUAAAGUACGUUUAGACUAUUGCCCGUAGGGCCAAACCCUCUUGCGUGUAAUUAGCAUGUAUGUUUUGUAAAUAUGUAAUUGAAAAAUAAACUAGUGGUUACGAGUGUGA